AUGCGAGGGGAUGUUUCCACCAAUGCUCUGGCAGGCUACACCAAGGGCAUCAAGCUUGACAAGAGCAAGGAAGGAGUUUCUGGACUGCCCGCUGACAAGGAUGCAGCUGCCGCCGGACGCCUGCGCAAGACCAAGAUCGUGUGCACCAUCGGCCCCACGUCAUGCUCGCGCGAGAACCUCUUCAAGCUGGCUGAUUCCGGAAUGAAUGUGGCGCGGCUGAACAUGUCCCACGGGGACCACAAGAGCCACAAGGCGGUGGUGGACCUGGUGCGCGAGUACAACCGCCUGGACCGCGGCAAUGUGGCCAUCAUGCUCGACACCAAGGGCCCCGAAGUGCGCUCCGGCGACCUGGCGGAGCCCAUCGACAUGAAGCCCGGCGAGAAGUUCACAUUCACGAUUGAGGAGGGUGCGAACGGCACGGACGGCCGCAUCUCGGUGAACUAUGACGGCUUCAUCGAUGAUGUCAGCGUGGGUGACAUCCUGCUGGUAGACGGCGGCCUGCAGAGCCUGGUCAUCACCACCAAGUCCGGCAAGGACGUGGAGUGCGAGGUUGUCGACGGUGGCAUCAUGACGUCGAGGCGCCACCUGAACAUCCGGGGGAAGAGCGCCAACCUGCCGGCCAUCACAGAGCGAGAUUGGCUGGACGUCAAGUUUGGAGUGGACGUGGGCGUCGAUUACUACGCGCUGUCCUUCGUGCGCAACGCCGACGUCAUCUACGAGCUCAAGCGCUACCUGGCGCAGCAGGGGGCGUCGAUUGGCGUGCUGGCCAAGAUAGAGAGUGCAGACAGCGUGGACAACCUGGAAGACAUCCUAGACGCUGUCGACGGCGCCAUGGUGGCACGCGGCGACCUCGGAGCAGAGCUGCCCGUCGAAGAGGUGCCGUACUGGCAGAGCCGCAUUGUGCAGGGGUGCAGGAAGCGCGGCAAGCCCGUCAUUGUGGCCACCAACAUGCUCGAGUCCAUGAUCGGCAACCCCACACCCACGCGCGCAGAGGUGUCGGACAUAGCGAUAGCGGUGCGGGAGGGGGCGGACGCGGUGAUGCUGUCGGGGGAGACCGCAUACGGCAAGUUUUGCUUCAAGGCCGUCGACGUCAUGAGCACCGUCGCCCACCGCACCGAGUCCGCCAUGCUCAGAUUCAGCGGGACACGGCGGUAUGGCAGCGAGGAGUCAGAGCCGAUUGAUUGGAUUGUGUCGCCCGCGGACAAUGCAGCGCCGGGGCACAUGACGACGCCGGGGCUGAGUGAGAUGUUUGCCUACCAUGCCACCACCAUGGCCAACACCAUCAAGACCUCCCUCGUCGUCUUCUCGCGCAAGGGAAACAUGCCGGCGCUGCUGAGCCACUACCGGCCGGACGACCAGAUUUUUACGUUCACGGAGAACCGAGCCGUGCAGCGGCGGCUGGCGCUCUACCACGGAGUCACAGCGCUGCACAUGCGCUUCGGGGAGACCGCCGACGAGACCUUCGACAGGGCAAUCCAGGAGCUGAAAGCGAGGGGGUUCCUGGAGGGCGGGCAGCAGGUGGCCAUUGUGCAGAGUGGGCGGCAGCCCAUUUGGCGAGCAGCAUCAACGCAUGCCAUCCAAGUGCGUACUGUGGAGCGCGACCCCGACCCGGAGGACUAA